GCCGCCCUGACGCGAUCCGAGAUACACGCCCUCAGCGACGCCGACCGCACCUGCGAGGACGCGAACCGACAGCUGGCAAGUGCCCGCGCCCAUGUCCACCGCGACCACACUGCCGCCGACACAGGCGUUUUCGAGGAGUCGCUGCGGCUAAAGAACACGCUCGACGCGUGCGAACAACAAGCCAAGUCCUCGCCCUCGUGGGACGCACUCGCCGUGCUGGUCAACUGCGAAUACAGGCUCUACGUCCUCAACCAGACCACGCCCCUGCGCAACAACCCCUUCCUGUCGCACUGGGUCGAGGCCGUCCAGCGGCUCGGCACGCCCGCUGCGCAGCGCGAUGCGAACACGGACGGAUCCAUCCUCAGUGACGAGAUCAGCACGGUGCGCAUGGAGCUCAUCAAGGCGCUGCUGCAGUCGCGCAACCCCUCGCAGUUUGCGCGCGCCAGUCCCCGCCAGCUGUACAACAACUACGUCGAGCUGCGCCAGACGUCCCUCUUCAACAUCCGGACGUACGUGCGCAUGCUCGAGGAAGAAGGCAUCUACGAGCGCACGCCCGAGCCCGACAGCGACUCGCCCGAGAGUACGAGCACUGCCUCGGACAACAAGCUGAACGAGUUCCAGCGCUGGAAGCUGGGCAUGCUUUCGAGGUUAGAAACCGAGCCUGAGCACGCAGUCGCAGAGCUCACACACCUCCCUCUAGAGCUAUCCUCCCUCGAUUUCCUAACCACGCUGCUGCAAGAGCACACCCUGCAGGCCCUGAACAUCGAGCCGGCCCCCGUGAUCGCAGACUUCAUCCAGCACGCCCUGCGGAUGACGGAGCAGAUGGGGCGCGGCCCUGGCGAGACUGGCGCCGCGGAGUCGGAGCCGGAGCCUAUGCUCGAGAGUGGGCGGGAGGCCCAGACAAGGGCCGUCAAGUUGUUGCUGCUUUUCAUGCGAAAUCUCAUCCGCAAGGCUUUGUUGCCGCUCGAAUCGAUAUACUUCGAAAUUCAGGAGAUAUGCGUUAGGUAUGUGUGGAUAAGGGAGGUGAGGGAGUUUAGAGCUUUUGUC